AUGUCGCAUUUUAUGAGGCUACCUAUCGAACUGGAGAAGCAGCGAGGGGAGGAUAAUAAUGCCGCCUUCCUCAAAACGUACGGGGCCACACCAUCCCUGAACAUGAUCGAACAGAAGAAGAAAUACCCAGCUCUGUGCCUUGGCCUUCUAGAGGUCAAUACGACCAUUCACGCAGAAGCUGCACCAAUCCUCUACGAAAGAAACACAGUGGUUCUGCCCAAUGCCCCAUUGGCAGCCAAAUUCUUCCACGACUGCCUCGGUUCCGCCGAGAAAAGACUUUGA